CGGGCGGCCCCGCGAGCGGCAGCGCCCGGCCCUGCAGGAGCUGACCCGGGCCCACAUCGAGUCCUUCGACCUGGCCGUGGGCGAGGGGCUGCACCGGGCCGUGCAGGCUAUUCCUGCUCUGGAGUUUGCUUUCAAAAAUGAACGCAUCACUCUGGCAAUUGUGGGCGCUGUCAUCAAUCCUCCUAUGGUGCCAAAAGGGAGUAUCUGUAAAGAGCUGAAAGUGUACCCAGCAGAAUGUAGAGGACGCAGAAGCACUUAUCGUGGGAAACUAACUGCUGACAUCAGCUGGUCAGUGAAUGGCAUUCCUAAAGGGAUUAUUAAACAGUCCCUGGGAUAUGUUCCAAUCAUGGUGAAAUCUAAGCUUUGCAAUCUGCAUAGUCUUCCUCCAAGAGCUCUGAUUGAACACCAUGAGGAAGAAGAGGAAAUGGGAGGCUAUUUUAUAGUUAACGGUAUAGAAAAAGUUAUCAGAAUGCUGAUUAUGCCUAGACGAAACUUUCCCAUUGCAAUGAUAAGACCCAAAUGGAAAAGCCGAGGCCCUGGUUACACGGAGUAUGGUAUAUCGAUGCGCUGUGUUAGAGAUGAACACACUGCUAUAAACAUGAACCUUCACUACCUGGAAAAUGGUACGGUGAUGCUGAACUUCAUUUUUCAGAAAGAGUUGUUCUUCCUCCCACUGGGAUUUGCACUGAAGGCAUUAGUUGGUUUCUCAGAUUACCAGAUUUUUCAGGAGUUGAUCAAAGGAAGAGAAGACAACUCCUUCUAUAAGAACUGCAUCUCUCAGAUGCUGCGAAUGGUAAUGGAGGAGGGCUGUGCCACACAAAAGCAGGUCCUUAACUACAUUGGGAAAUGCUUCCGAGUGAAACUCAACCUUCCUGAGUGGUACCCAAAUGAGCAAGCUGCAGAAUUCCUUCUGGAUCAGUGCAUCUGUGUACACUUGAAAACCAAAACCGAGAAGUUCUACUUGCUUUGUCUGAUGACCCGGAAGCUGUUUGCUUUUGCCAAAGAAGAGUGCAUGGAGGAGAAUCCAGACAGCCUUAUGAAUCAGGAGGUGCUUACCCCAGGGCAGCUUUACCUCAUGUUCUUAAAGGAGAGGAUGGAAGCUUGGUUGCUUUCUGUUAAAGUAGCCUUGGACAAAAGAUCUCAGAAGACCAAUAUAACCAUCAAUUCAGAAAAUAUGAUGAAGCUAUUCAGCAUGGGAAUUGAUGUUACAAGGCCAUUUGAAUAUCUCCUUGCUACUGGUAACCUGCGCUCUAAAACAGGUCUGGGUAUGCUACAAGAUUCUGGGCUGUGUGUGGUGGCAGACAAGCUGAAUUUUAUUCGUUACCUGUCCCAUUUUCGCUGCGUACACAGAGGUGCUGCGUUUGCCAAGAUGAGAACCACCACAGUGCGCAAACUGCUCCCAGAAUCCUGGGGCUUCCUGUGCCCUGUGCACACCCCCGACGGAGAGCCCUGUGGGCUGAUGAACCAUAUUACGACUGUCUGUGAAAUAGUGACGCAGUCAUGCUACACUUUGUCCCUGCCACCUUUGCUCUGCUCCUUAGGUGUCACUCCCGUUGAUGGGACUCCAAGCCAACCCUAUGCAGAGUGUUACCCAGUCACACUGGAUGGCUCGUUAGUGGGCUGGGUAGAAAAAGAUAUGGCUCCUACGAUUGCAGAUACUUUCCGACACUUUAAGGUGAUGCAAGAAAAGAAAAUUCCUGCCUGGACUGAGGUAGUCCUUAUUCCAAUGACAGGAAAACCCAGUCUGUAUCCAGGAUUAUUCAUUUUUACUACCCCUUGCAGGAUGGUUCGGCCUGUGAGAAAUUUGGCCUUGGGAAAGGAAGAAUUGAUUGGUACUCUGGAACAGGUCUUCAUGAACAUUGCUGUCCUUGAGGAUGAAAUUGUGCCUGGCGUGACCACUCACCAGGAGCUCUUUCCUCAUAGCAUGCUGAGUGUGGUAGCCAACUUCAUUCCAUUCUCUGAUCACAACCAGAGUCCCAGAAACAUGUACCAAUGCCAGAUGGGUAAGCAAACUAUGGGCUUUCCACUUCUGACUUACCAGGAUCGCUCAGAUAAUAAACUGUACCGACUUCAGACUCCGCAGAGCCCCAUGGUGCGCCCGGCUAUGUAUGAUUACUAUGACAUGGACAACUAUCCAGUCGGUACCAAUGCAAUCGUUGCUGUCAUCUCCUACACGGGUUAUGACAUGGAAGAUGCAAUGAUUGUAAGUAAGGCUUCGUGGGAGAGAGGAUUUGCACACGGCAGCGUUUACAAGACGGAGAGCAUAGAUCUUGCUGAAAAAAUCAAACAAGGAGAUGACAGUCUGGUGUUUGGGGUCAAGCCUGGUGAUCCAAGGGUUAUACACAAUCUGGACGCUGACGGACUGCCGCACAUUGGAUCCAUACUGCAAUAUGGGGACCCUUAUUACAGCUACCUGAACCUCAGUACUGGGGAGAGCUUCAUAACCUAUUACAAGAGUAAGGAAAGUUGCAUUGUGGAUAACAUCAAAGUGUGCAGCAAUGACAGUGGAAAUGGAAAAUUUAAAAGUGUUUGCAUCACUAUGAGAAUCCCUCGUAAUCCAACUAUUGGGGACAAAUUUGCCAGCCGACAUGGACAGAAGGGUAUUUUGAGCAGACUCUGGCCAGUUGAGGACAUGCCAUUUACAGAGAGUGGAAUGGUUCCUGAUAUUCUCUUCAAUCCUCAUGGCUUUCCAUCCCGAAUGACCAUUGGAAUGCUGAUUGAGAGCAUGGCAGGGAAGUCUGCAGCAUUGCAUGGCCUCUGUCACGAUGCCACCCCCUUCACGUUUUCGGAGGAGAACUCUGCCUUGGAAUACUUUGGCAAGAUGUUGAAGGCUGCUGGCUAUAACUACUACGGAACAGAGCGGAUGUACAGUGGAAUCAGUGGGGUGGAACUGGAGGCAGACAUUUUCAUUGGAGUUGUAUACUAUCAACGCCUGCGUCACAUGGUUUCGGACAAGUUCCAGGUGAGGACGACAGGAGCCAGAGAUAAAGUCACCAACCAGCCCAUAGGUGGGAGGAAUGUCCAGGGUGGAAUUCGCUUUGGAGAGAUGGAACGUGAUGCCUUGUUGGCUCAUGGCACGUCCUUCUUGCUGCAUGACCGUCUCUUCAACUGUUCCGAUCGGUCUGUGGCCCACGUCUGUGUCAAGUGUGGCAGUUUGCUUUCUCCUUUGUUGGAGAAGCCUCCGCCUUCCUGGUCCACGACGCGCAAUAGGAAAUACUACUGUACUGUGUGCAAUCAGAGCGACACAAUCGACGCUGUUUCUGUGCCUUAUGUCUUCCGGUAUUUUGUGGCUGAGUUGGCAGCCAUGAACAUAAAAGUGAAACUCGAUGUGAACUAACUGAGGACAUGAAUAGCAAUUCAAGUAUUCUGGAAAAACUAAUUUUUAAAUGUCCAGAUUUUUCUGUCAGACGAUGUAUUGACUCAUAUCUUGAAAUCUUGCAAAAGCUGUGGGAUUACUUUGAUUUGUGUACUCAAACUGGGGAGAUAAUCUGCUAAAUUACUUAGCAAUCAAAUGGAGAAGCGAUACAGAUCUCUUAAUAGUCACUGUUAGCCCUGUAACAGUCCUCUCUGCUUGUUUCAUAUUAGCCAAAAAUCUCUUUAGACAAUCAGGUAUGAAAACUGAGCAGUGCCAAUGCUGUAUUGGACUAGUGGGUUGGGAAUUAAAGCAUUAGCUCCUUUUCCCAGAUACUGCAUCUUGUAACUGUGAUGGCUGUGCCAGGCAGGGGACGGACCACGGUUGUGCUGAAGAAGUUAAAUAAAGUGGAAUGUCCUUGAACACUGGAAGACCACCGAAAGUCUUUGUUAAAGGAGCAAACCUAAUGCCUCAAUGGCUGGCACAGUGUCCCUGUCAUGUGCAGCCAGACAGGAAAAAUCAUUUCUUUGCCUAUGUGAGAAAUACAUCUGCAGUGAUUAAAAGGGGAAAACACUUGUGAUUUGAAGGCAGGGCCCAAAGUCAGUGCAUAGUAGAGUGGCACUGCUCUAGGAGGUGCUCUGGAGAGAGCCUGCAGCAGAGAGGCGCAAUCUGUCAUAGUGCCGAGAGUGCAAUCUGCUCCAUUCAUUGGGGGGAGCAGAUUGCUGCUUCCCCUGUGCAAGCCCCAUUCUGCCAGCCCGUGUAAAGGGGGCAGGCU